CCUUCGUAACAUCGCGAUGCAGUUCCUGGUCCUGGCAGUGCUAGCAGCCUCGUGCUCCGCGGCGCCACAGAUGUUCCGCGCUGUGUCGGGGGACAUUUUCUUGCUUCGCUCAGACAUCCCAGCAGUUGUCAAGAUCGCUGAACCAGGAAUAAACCUUGCUGCUCCUCUUGCAGACACUGUCGCCUUUGUCCCUGUCCCUGCCCCUGUUCCUGCUUUCAAGGCAGCGGAAGUCGUUGCUUCCGUUGGUCCUGUUCUCGAGAGCACAGCAGGUGUGGCCCCUGUGGUGGUCAACCCUGUAGUCGAGAGCGCAGUUGUGUCUGUUUCUGCCCCUGUAGUUAAGAGUGCAUCAGUUGUGGUUCCUGUUGCCCCUAAAGUCAAGAGCGCAGAGAUCGUGGCUGUGUCUGCUCCUGUAGUGGUUGACCCUGUAGUCAAGAGCGCCUCAGAUGUGGCUCCUCCUACCCCAGUAGCUGAUCCUGUAGUAAAGAGUGCAGUUGUGGCUGUUGCCCCUGUGGUAGUUGAUCCCGUAGUCAAGACCACAGCAGUUAUGGCUCCAACUGCCCCUGUAGCUGUGGUCCCAGUUAGCCCGGUGGUCAAGAGUGCAACCAUUGUGGCUCCUGCUGUGCCUGUGGCAGUUGCCCCUGUAGUUAAGAGCGCUGUCCCUGUAGCAGUAGUGGCGCCGCCUGAGCCCCUCAUGGCCCCUGAACCCCCCAUGCCGUCCCUCAGCGUCCCUCACGUGGGAGGCCAAUUCCACGGCGUCUGCGGCCAACACCUUACCCUCCAGCGACUUGCUCCUUCGCCUCAGCGUCCAAGGCCAUCCUGA